AUGACCUACCUUUCGACCCCCUCGUCCCACCUGGGGCCGCAAUCCGUAUCCGACACUACAGAGAUCCUAGACACCGAUUUCGACUCGGAUUCCCUGGAUGAUUACUCCGACGAGUCCCAUUCCAGAAGCAUUCGCUCGUCCACAGACAGCGUAACUACAGCAUCUACGCCGGACGACAUCAAGACGCCAGACUCCACCGGUCUCACGGCAUUCCACUUCCACAUUGACGAGAGCCCUGUCAAAGGCCCAGUGGGCCCGCACCUUUUCAGAAUGUCCGGAGACUCUCUGGAGACCCAAGAGGCCCUGGGAAUUGACCUAAUGGUCCCCGAUACGCCCAUUGGCGCUCCGACCCCAAUUUACUCUUCCGCUUCCGAUUUGGAGCCCGAGAGACUAGAUACCCCCGUUCCCGACAAUGUCUCGACGCAAAAGCAGCGGCCAGCAUCUAGCUCACGGUCAGCUACUAAGCCGCUCUCGAAUCCUGUGGAGAGUGAUGUUGCCAACUGGUCUCCUCGAGACGUUGUCGUGUGGAUGCAAAAGCAAGGGCUCGAUGAGUCCGUCGUUGAAAAGUUCUUCAUCAACGAUAUCACGGGAGCCAUCCUUCUCGAGCUCCAAGCCGAGGACCUCAAAGAGCUUGACAUUGCUUCAUUUGGCAAGCGUCAUCGCGUCAUGGGAUGCAUACGGCAACUUCGGGAAGCCCGGGACAACGCCUCCCUUUCAGAUUGCUGUGACGGUCAGCCUAUCCUAGACCCCACGUCACGCGAGGACACGGCAACUCCCAAAACUACCGCCGCCGACGUAGGUGUUGACUGCACAAGCCCCAUUACAGACGAGGAAAAAUCCAAGACCAAGUCUGGGCACCGCCGUCACCGCCGUCGCCACAAGCGUCGCAAUGGUACUGACAUUGUCCCCGAAGAUUCGGUGUCUAUUGUCGCCAUUGAGCAACUGCUGCCUCGGCUUCACACAUGCUCAAAGGGCGAGAGCUGCCGCAAAUGGCAGAAACAGCAAGUCAAGCUAACUCGUCUGGCGAAGGACCUGCCGAUUGAAGGUCUCGGUGGCUCUGUCAUCGUUACUGGCGACCCCGGCAACGCUGCCACUGCACAGACUAUUGCAAAGACGCCCAAGUCGGACGUGACGCCGUCCGUCAUUGCAUCGUCUGAUGCCCUGGGAAUCAAUCAAGUUCAGAUUUCCGAUAUUCCGCUAUCUCAGGACAAGCUUGAGGGUGUCCAGCCUCGUGAUCCGCAGGAGAACGUUCGCAACUUUCUCAACUUCCAGCGUCUUAGUAAACUUCAGCCGAUAACCGAUCCCGCUACACCUCCCAAGGAGCAUUUCUCCUCUCCGAGUUCGGACUCUCCAGGGUCAGCCAAAGCGAAUGCCACGCUAUCGGAAAACCUCCGUACUCUUCCCAAGCUCCGGAUCCCCAGCACUCACGGCUCGGAUGCUGAAUCCCUUCUAUCUCCGGACUAUAGUGCUCAGCGCACGAUUACGCCGUCCAUCUUGCGGAGACGACAGCCCUUCUCUCAGCCUUCCAAGUCCCCCAACCCCUAUAGUGCCGUUCUAUCACCCUCAGACUUUUACAGGGAUGAUCCUCACUACGGACAGAGCACGCCGUUAUCUGAGAUGGACGUUCCUCUCACAGCCAUCCAGGUGGGACCCGUUGCCCGCAUGUUCUCCCAAUCGGUUCCACCGGACAUGCGGUUCGGAGGAAGCCACAGCCAUCAAAUGGAUGAGCCCAUUUCCCGGCCUGCUUCCACCAAGGCUGAGAACUAUCGCCACAACUCAUCCAUCAUCACUGGACACAGAGUCCAGCGACUCGGACGGUUGGAUGAGCGUACCCCACUGCCACCGAUUGAGACCCCCGAGGACAUGGACAGAACUCCUCGGGCUGCCCAUUGCAAAAACAACCCCUUCAGCCCCGGGGGAUCCCGUCUCAAUGACGUGAUUCACAGUGGCUGGAUGAAAAAGCGGAAGAACAACCGCUUCCUGCGCCAUGACUGGGAAGACCAUCAUUUUGCGCUUCGGGGCACCCAGCUCGCUAUGUACACCGAUGAAGAGGCAUCCCAGUGCGACUCAAAAGCACUGGAGUACAUCGAUGUGGACGACUAUGCGGUCGCCUGCUCCUCGCUUCCUUCCAACUCGAAGCUUACUGCUGCGUUCAAGAAGACGGUCUUGAAGCGUAACGGUAACAGCGAAGCGGAGGCGGCCUUUGCCUUCUCCCUCAUCCCAUCCCCUACCAACGGGAGCUUUGACCGGAAGAGCAUCUUCUCCAACGGACCUAAGGCACAUCACUUUGCCGUUAAGACCCGCGACGAGCGCAUUGAUUGGAUGCGGGAGCUGAUGCUCGCCAAAGCCUUGCGCCGGGGUCGGGAAAGCGGAGCAUCCCUCAACAUCAACGGAGCGGCCUUCUAA